AGCUGCUGGCUACAGGUCUGUCUGGUCUAUAUCGGUCUCUAUAGUGAACACCUUUCCAUCUAGUGUCUGUGGUUACUCAUUCAAUUUCCGGGGAGGUUUACCUUUUGAAUGUGAAUAUUCUGGUUGGUUCCACUGUAAACAGUUCAAACAGCUACUGGGGUAUUUCUGUCUUCUCAGCAUCAGCAGGUUACAAGUCUGAGGUUCCAGAGUUCUGAAGAUGAGGUUUGACCUGGUGCUUCUUGUGUCUCUCGCGCUCGUGCUGCAUCUCGCUCUAGGGCAAAACGUCACGGCAGACAAGAAGGUCAAAGGUCGGAAAAAAUUACGAGAUAAUGCUUCAGCAGUACGUGUUCCGGGUAAACAAAAGAUAGCGCCAGCCGGUAAAAAACCCGGAUCAGAAAAGAAAGCAAUCAAACCUUUAAAGAUGGAGGACACUUCUAUGUGUGAGGAGAUCUUUCUGCCCAUGUGUAAAGGAUUGGUACCCUACACCCAUACACGACUUCCUAAUACAUUCAAUCAUACAACACAGAUGGAGGUCUUCAGACACAUAUCCCACAUGUCCGUGUACCUAGACUUCUCCUGCUCCAAAAACCUCAGGCUGAUGGUCUGCUCUCUGUAUCUACCCAAAUGUAAAGGGCGGCAACCCGGCAUCGGGCCGUGUAAAAGCACUUGCAUGCAGGCCAAGAAAGGCUGCGAGAAGCCACUCAACGAAUUCCUAGGUCUCAAAUGGGAGGACAAGUUCGACUGUUCGGGUUUGAGCAACAAGAAAUGUCUGAAGGCCGUGAAGGACGAGAACUGCUCGGACAAGUACCCGACGUGUGUGAAGAACUCGGUCAUCAAAACAUGCGCCAACCUGACAUUCACCAUGGGGACACUUCCAAACAUGUUCGGUCAAUGUUUGGUCAAUGAAAUCAACGCGGAGAUUGACCAGUACGACAAGCUAGUGGCCAGCAACUGCCACCCGUCUCUGCGGUUCUUCUUGUGUGGGGUCUACGCCCCUUUCUGCGGCAGAACGGAUGUACCGCCCACCUUUCCGUGUAGGGAGCUUUGCCACGAGGUCCGAACAGCCUGUGAGAAGACCUAUCGCCAACUGUACCACGGUCUCCCCUGGCCCAGUAAGUUCCAGUGCCACAGGUACACGGCAAGUGACUCGACCUCCAACAGGUGCGCCAUGCCCAACGAGGGGGAAAACUUCCUGGCAUGAUGGAAGCUGCUGUAGUCAUACGUGGUCAUACAUCUGUCUAGUUUUCUAAUCAUGUUAACACAAGUUCUGUUACUACAUCUGUCUAGUUUUCUAAUCAUGUUAACACAAGCCUAUGUCAUCGGUAUGGUCUAUUACUACAUCUGUCUAGUUUUCUAAUCAUGUUAACACAAGCCUAUGUCAUCGGUAUGGUCUAUUACUACAUCUGUCUAGUUUUCUAAUCAUGUUAACACAAGCCUAUGUUACUACAUCUGUCUAGCUUUCUAAUAAUGUUAACACAAUCCUAUGUCAUCUAUGUGGUCUGUUACUACAUCUGUCUAGUUUUCUUAUCAUGUUAACACAAGCCUAUGUUACUACAUCUGUCUAGUUUUAUAAUCAUGUUAACACAAGUCUAUUUCAUCUGUAUGGUUUGUUACUACAUCUGUAUAGUUUUCUAAUCACGUUAACACAAUCCUCUGUCAUCUAUUGGUCUGUUACUUCAUCUGUCUAGUUUUCUAGUCACAUUAACACUAGCAUUUGUCAUCUAUAUGGUCUGUUACUACAUCUGUCUAAUUUUCUUAUCACGUUAACACAAUCCUCUGCCAUUUUUAUGGUCUUUGUUACUACAUCUGUCUAGUUUUCUAAUAAUGUUAACACUAGCCUAUGUCAUCUAUUAGUCUGUUACUUCAUCUGUCUAGUUUUGUAAUUAUGUUAACAUAAUCCUCUACCAUUUUUAUGGUCUUUGUUACUUCAUCUGUCUAGUUUUCUAAUCACGUUAACACAAUCCUCUGCCAUUUUUAUGGUCUUUGUUACUACGUCUGUCUAAUUUUCUAAUCACGUUAACACAAUCCUCUGUCAUAUGUAUGGUCUGUUACUACAUCUGUCUAGUUUUCUAAUCACCUAAACACACGCAUCUGUUAGUACGUCUAUCUAGUUUUCUAAUCACGUUCAUACAAGCCUCUGUCAUCUAUACGGUCUGUUACGAGUCAUGGAAUGUAUUCAGUAAGAGAGAGCUUCUCUAACAUUCAUCUUUUCCCUUCAGUGCUCAAGACACACGGAGCAGCUAACUAACCAUAGAGUUACUUAUUCUCAAGUACCACUUAAAUAGAUCUAACACUGAAAAACAGGGCUCAUAAGUACUCACUCUUAUACUCACAUCUCCUGUUAAUUAUCAUGACUAACAAUAAACAACUAAAAUCUACUGUCAAAAACUGAAUAAAGUUGUCUAAGUAUAA